AUGGAUAUCAAGGAAGAGUGGGUCGUUUUGAAAGAAAUUAAAGAAGCACUACAAAACAAUGAUCAGUCCCGAGCUGCUGAAAACAUUCAGAAGUAUUUGGACAAAGAGAAGAAUAUUCCACUAAACAUUGCUAUCACAGGAGAGUCUGGUUCUGGUAAAUCCACCUUUGUGAAUUCCUUCAGAGGCAUAGACAACAGGGAUGAGAGAGCCGCCCCUACUGGUGUUGUAGAAACCACCAUGGAGGUUACACCUUACCCCCAUCCAAACUAUCCCAAUGUCACAUUAUGGGAUCUCCCUGGUAUUGGCACCACCAGUUUUCCUGCUGACAAAUACCUGAAGCAUUUUGAAUUUGAAAGGUUUGACUUCUUCAUCAUCAUCUCUGACACUCGCUUCAGAGAAAAUGAUGUGAAGCUCGCUCAGGAGAUUCAGAAGAUGGAGAAAAAAUUCUACUUUGUUCGCUCAAAGAUUGAUAACGAUGUACGCAGUGAGAAAAGAAGUCAGAGGGAGUUUAAUGAGGAAAGAACUCUGGUACAAAUCAGGGAAAACUGCAUUAAAGGUCUUCAAAAAAAAGGUUUUGAGACUCCACAAGUCUUCCUGGUGUCCAGCCUUGAGCUCCACCUGUAUGAUUUCCAUCUGCUAGAGGAGACCUUAGAGAGAGAACUUCCUGAACACAAGAGGGAUGUUCUGCUGUUGGCCAUGCCCAGUGUAAGCCUGGAGAUCAUCAACAAGAAGAAAAAGGCUUUAAAGUCAAAAAUAAAAUACUAUGCCAUGCUAUCUGCAGCUGUAGGAGGCGUACCAGUUCCUGGGAUUUCUUUAGCUGUUGACAUAGCCAUGAUAGUUGGUGUUGUUACAAAAUAUGUAUUUGCAUUUGGUCUUGAUAUCCCAUCACUGAGCAGACUUGCUCAAAGCACAGGAGUGCCAUUAGAUGAACUGUUAGCUGUUAUCUUGUCACCACUGGCUGCAAAAAAAAUAACUGCUGAACUUAUCAUGAAGGUGGUACAGAGUUUAGGCAUCACAGCUGCAUUAAUGGCAGCAGAGGAAGUUUCCAGAUUAAUUCCAGGGUUUGGAAUCCCAGCAGCAAUGGGCCUCUCUUUUCUCUCCACAUACAGAAUUCUGAGUACUUUCCUCGACAUGCUCGCUGACGAUGCACAGAGAGUGUUUAAGAAGGCCCUGGGUCUGAAUACCUCAGUGUGA